AUGAUUCCUCUUGAAUUUAUGUUUAGUUCCAUUUCCCCAAAAAUAUUUGUGUCCCUAGUUCUUGACCUAAAAAUUGUGUUGGUCCAAGCAAAUGUUUCUUUCAACAAAUCACCCCAAUUUGUUGUCCUCAGACCACCCGAGCUCAGCUCAAAUUAA